GCUCUGACCAAAAUAGAAUGGAAUAGAGGGAGAGAGAGUGAUCGGCAGAAAUUCUCUCUCUAGUUUCUCUCAAUCCACACGUGACCGGAGCAAAAUCACAUUUUCCUUUCUUUUCCAUCUCUUUUCCUUUCUUCUGAAUUCCGAAUCUCGCCUCAUACAUUCUCGUCUCACUCCGUACUACUGUUCGUCUUCUCUGAAAGAGCUUCGCCGUGGAAGGACGGUUCCGGCGUUCCGCUUCAGUCCCCCCGUCGCCUACAGCUUCUCUUCUCUUGUGCGCUCGCCGAAUUCGAGGUCAGAUUCUGCACUUCCGUCCAAAUCUUGUGAUGGUUAUCUGAUUUCCGAGUUCGCAAUUGAAGGAUUUCGAUUCCUUCGGUUAACGCGCUGUGUGACUAUUCGAGUUCGUUUCACUCGCCGCCGCGAUUUCUUGCCUCCGGUUUUCUGUUUGCCGGUUGACUGUUCUUUAUGUAUGAUUGGAGUCUGGUCUAGAGGCUAUCGGAGUCUGAUGAGGAAACUGGAAUCUGUCUUCUCGGUUUGGAAAAUUGACUGUUCUUGAUUCUUCUCUCUGCCUCGACUUGAUUUUCACCCCGCUUAGAGAGACGAAGUUUCGAGUAGCGAUUACAGUAAUCUAAUUAGUGAUCGGAACUCGACUUCUCGGUCUUUUUCUUCUUUCUGCGGUGGAUGUGUUGAUCGCUAUCAGUAGGUUCCGUCGUCGAUCCUCUUCUAAUAUAAUUCUUCGUUGUUCAGUAAUUACUUCCGGCGGCAUUUCAAUCGAAGCAAUUAAGAGUUACUUAUUCGUUCUGGUGUUUUUGCAGAUUCUGAUCGAUUUGAUUCCAGCUCAGUUUGGAAGACGGCGGCGAUAGGAAAUACCGAUUUUCCCAGGUAAAUUUCCUAAAUUCACUGCGUUCUACUGCCUGAACUCUGAAGCCCGCAACAAGACAAUAUUUAGUGAUUUUUCUUUGAUAAUUUGAUAUUUGCUUUUUGUUUCUGUAGAUUCGCAUUAGUCAACCUUUUUAAGCUGCUUAAAUUGUCUUAUCUCCGCCGAUAAUUAAGCGUUGACAUAAACGGAACUGCUCAAUUUUGACUACAAUGGCUGUCCUUUUCUCCGCUUAAAAUAGAUUUUGGUUUCUGCGAGACUUCUUCAGUGUUUGUUAAUGAGGUGCCGCCAGAUCUAAUUGCACGUUGACGCUUACAUGUAAUCAGGUUGAAAUUGUCCUGGCUUGUGUGAUUACCAUAUUUGUUUAUUAAAUAAUAAUUGAGUGAUUAACCCCUAAUUUGUCCUGGCUUACACAAUUAGAAUCCUGGAAGCAGAUUGAAGAAAGCUGACUGAAACCCCGAGGAGAGCAAAUGACGAAUCAUGAUUGGAAGAAGUCUUUCGAAUCCUUUGUCCGGAGACACAUCGAUCAAGAGAAAGAUGAGCAGUUGAAAGGCAAUAAAGAAGAAUUCGAAUAUAGUCUCAAAAGGAUCUUGGAGCUUAUCAACGAAGAAGGUUCUGAAGAAAACGGUGGAGUCCCUAUAGAAGGUUCGAAAAGAAAGCCUAUUGUGGAUUUGAUCGAGAAGUUCCGAAAACAGUAUGAAUCGCUGUAUUCACAGUACGACCAUCUGAAGGGAGAACUGAGGAGAGACUUCCAGGGCAAGUGGGUAUCAGAUUCCUCAUCUUCAUGCUCAGACUCGGAUUCUGAUGACGGAUCCAAGGACCAAACCGGCAAAAAUGGACGACUUAAAGGUGGCAAAUUAAUAGACGGCACAAAGCAAGAACUUGAAACCGCCAAUCUUGAAGUGACCCAGCUGAAGGAUAAGUGCACUGCUGCAACCGUAGAAAAAGACGUGUUGUUUCUUGAGCAUCAAACAGCGUUGAGCAAGUUACAGGAAACUGAAGAGAUCGUCCGAAGCCUGAAGCUUGAAUUAGAAACGGUAAAUGCCGACGAGGAGAAGAUUCUCGCAGAGGAUGGGGAACUGAAGCAAAAGCUCGACGAGGCAGGCAAGGCUGAAGCAGAGCUGAAUCCAAGAUUAGAGGGCAUAGCCAUUGAGAAAGAUGGCUUGAUCGUGGAGAAAGAGGCGCUUCUGGGCAGGAUUCAAGAAGAAGAGAAGAUCAAAGAAGAAAUGAAAAUGGCGAGUCAUAGGCUGGAGGAUGAUAAACUAGUUCUUUCCCAGGAACUCGAAAGUCUCAGGGCCGAAAUCUCCAGCGUACGCGAGCAACUGAAAUCUUCAGAGCUGUUGGCAUCCAAUUUGACACAGGAUUCGAAGGUUGCAGAAGAGGAGAGGAAUUCUCUGGUGGCCGAGAUUUCUGUAUUAAACCAGAAGUUGGAAGAGGUGCAAACAGAGAAAGAUAGCCUAGUUUCAUGGAAGGAGACUGCAGUGCAGAGAAUCCUGGACGAAACGAAAACUGCUGGGAUUUUAAGAAAGUCGGUAUUCGAGUACCAAGGUGAGAAUUCCGACCUUAACAGUGAAAUAGAAGACAUUAGAGAUGAACUUGCUGACACGAAGAAGCAAUUAGUAUCUGCCAAGCAAAAGGUUUCAGAUUUGGCCAAGAAACUCAGUGUCGCCGAGGAAGAGAAGGCUGCUCUAACCUCCCAUUUUUCUGAAACUGUGGCUCAAUAUGGCAAAAUUCAGACGAUCAUAGAUGAACUCACAGCCGAAUCAAGCCAACUAGAGGAGAAAGUAGAAGAGAAGAAAAAAGAGAUAUCAUCUCUCUCGGAGGAUAACGCGAGAGAUCGGAAUGAGUUUUCAAGGAGAAUUGCAGAGAUGGAAAAUGAGAAGGCGGAGCUACUGACUCAAGUUACUGAUCUGCAGAGGUUGCUGGAUGAACAGGCCGAGAUGUGCAAGCAACUCAACGAGCAACAUCAGCAAGUUGAAAAGAAGGCGGAGGAUCUGAACAAGCAAGUGCGUUCCAUGGAUGAAGCUGUAGCUGAACUGAGAGAGAAAAUCGAGAGCCAGGAGAGACAACUCGAAUUCAAAGAUGAAGAGCUGCGCAGUUUAUCUGUGAAGAACAAAGAGAUCGAAUUUCAGCUUACAAUGUCGAGCCAGAAGAGCCGGGUCACAGAGCAGGAGCUGAACGAGAGAGUAAUGAACAUGAAUGAAGAGAAGCAAAAGUUGAACGAACAAGUGAACAGCUUAGCUCUACAACUGCAACACUCGAGAGAAGAGGAAUCUGCACUGAAGAACAAGGUGUUGGAGUUGCUGGACAUGGCGAGCAAAGAGGAAGCUGAGAAGCUGAAUCUCACCAAAGCCAUCAGCCAACUGGAGAGUAAGGUGGCAGCCAUGGGAGCGAGCUUGAAGGAGAAAGAUGACUGGAUAUCAUACUUGGGAGACAAGAAACGAGAAGCCAUACGACAGCUCUGCAUCUCGAUUGAGUACUACCGCAGCACAUGUGACUAUCUCGCUGGCAUUCUCUCCAAGAUGCCAAUCAGACGCUAGAGGGCGCCUGCACCUUAGUGCGGCGCUGCAUCAAUCGUCACCAAUCUGAGUACAGAUUCUUCUCAGUUUCUUUUGUUCAUACGCAGCACAAUCCGAUUCAAUCAGACGCCACAGGGUGACUGCACCUUAGUGUGUCUCUGCAUCAAUCAUCACCAAUCAGAGUACAGAUUCUUCAGAGUUCUUUUGUUCAUAUGCUGCACAAUCUGAGACGUUCAUUUUUUGAUUCUUUUUGGCCUCUGAAAUGGCAGUGUCGAUCUUGAACAAAAGGUUUCGCCUAUAGGGUUUGUUUCUGGAACACAAUAUGAUCAGUACAUAAUGAAAGUGGGUCGAUUGCUUGCUUGCAAAUCAUCUUAAAACAGCGGAAUAUCACUCGAUAAUCGUAUCGAAAGAUGUUCAGCAGAAAGCUUUCUGUAAAACAUCACAUCAUCCGACUCACUGAAUUCACUAGUAAAAUUUCGCCCUACGU